AUGGACUUUUCUUUAAGAUGCAAUUCCCUCAAAUGCCGAGCAGAAUUGAAAGAGAAAGCAGUGGUGACAACCUGCUCACACAUAUUCUGUCAUGGAUGCGCAGAGAGCCUCGGACUCUCUCGUCCAACCACUAGCAAUCGGCUCUGUCCUGCGUGUCAAACGGCACUUCUUAAUCCGGAUGACGCUGUUUCGACAAUCUUGAAUCCGACGGAGGACUACAAAACAAGCGUGUUGAGUGGGUUAGAUCCGAACACAAUCAUGGAAUGUGCUGGUCGCGCACUUGCAUUUUGGGCAUACCAAAGCACACAGGAGAUCUUCUACCAGGAAUACCGAGCGAAGACGCUGACGGAGAAGUACACCAACCUGAACACGCAGAUGGACAAGGUCAUUCACAAUGCCAACACAGAGAUCAUGUCACUGCAGAACAAGUUAUCUGACAUGCAAUCAUCCCAAGAAGACCUCCAAAAGCAAAAUCAGGAAUUGAAUGAUAUGUACCGCGACAAGAACAAUAAACUCGCUCAAAUGACCAAUCUCUACAACCUCCUCAAAGCUCGUGCCAUGCGGUCCCGGAUGCAAACCGCAGCCUCGGACACAGUCUCCCAAGCUCUCUCAUCGCUCAAUGCUCCUGUCCCUGAUUCUGCUCUUGAACGUGCCUCUGCCUCCAUUCCUCUGUCCAAUACCUCAACGUUGCCUUCUGUCCCGAUUAUACGACAUCCCAAGACUCCCACAUUUCCCGUCAACCCAGAUGGAGUCGAGCAGCUUUAUCGGAAUCAACGGAGCGGCACUGGUAGUUCCAAAAGAGCAAGGAAGAGGACACCUCGCGGAGCCCCAAUGCCUCCCCCUGCUCGGCCAGACUGGGAUGGGCGAAAUAGCAAAGGUCGAGAUCCCGCUCCCCAACAUCGGACUCGACUUCCACGAAUUUCUCGGACUCCGACUUUCUCCUCGGAGUUGCCUCCUGGUGAUGCUAUCACGCAGCGGUUUGGGCGUUGA